AUGUUCAGCCUGAACAGUAUGAGCAGUGAGGGAUAUGUGCAAGACCUGUUCCAUGAAGAAGCACAGCAGGUGCCUCAAACGCAGACGAAGCCUUGGUGGAAGAUCCAGUUGUUUGUGUGGGAGCCAGUGCUUUUUGGGACGUGGGAUGGUGUCUUCACGUCCUGCAUGAUCAACAUUUUUGGAGUGGUUCUUUUUCUGAGGACUGGAUGGCUUGUGGGAAACACUGGAAUUUUAAUGGGCAUGUUUCUGGUGUCCUUUGUCAUCUUGGUUGCGCUGGUAACAGUCUUAUCCGGAAUUGGGGUCUGUGAGAGGUGCAGCAUUGGAAGUGGAGGAGUCUACUCCAUGAUUUCUACCGUCCUUGGAGGUCAAGUCGGGGGGACCAUUGGCUUCCUUUAUAUUUUUGGCCAGUGCGUUGCAGGUGCCAUGUACAUCACCGGGUUCGCCGAGUCCAUCGCCGACGUUGUGGGGCUCAGCAAUAUCUGGGCAGUGAGAGGAAUUUCCCUGGCUGUCCUGCUGGGCCUGCUCGGCAUCAACCUGGCAGGCGUGAAGUGGAUCAUCCGGCUGCAGCUCCUGCUGCUCUUCCUGCUGGCUGUUUCUACGCUGGACUUUGUCAUUGGGUCCUUUACGCACCUCAAUCCAGAGCAUGGCUUUGUUGGCUACUCUGAAGAACUGAUGUUUAACAACACGCUGCCGGACUACAGCCAGGGGGAGUCCUUCUUCACUGUUUUUGGAGUGUUUUUCCCAGCUGCUACAGGUGUGAUGGCUGGGUUCAAUAUGAGUGGAGAUCUCCAGAAGCCUGCUACCAACAUCCCCCUGGGUUCUCUGGCAGCUAUAGGCACCUCAUGGUUUCUAUAUAUGGUCUUUGUCUUUUUGCUGGGAGCUGUUUGUACCCGUCAGUCACUCCGCUAUGACUUUAUGAUAGCUGAGAAGGUGUCCUUGGUGGGUUUCUUGUUUUUGCUGGGGUUGUAUAUCUCAUCCUUAGCCUCCUGCAUGGGAGGGCUCUACGGAGCACCCCGGAUCCUCCAGUGCAUCGCCCAGGAGAACGUCAUUCCUAUGCUCGCCUUCCUUGGACGUGGGAAAGGACCAAACAAGACUCCAGUGGCUGCAAUUUGCUUAACCAGUCUCAUCACCAUGGCUUUUGUCUUCAUUGGACAAGUGAAUGUUCUCGCUCCUAUAGUCACCAUCAACUUCAUGUUGACGUAUAUUGCUGUAGAUUAUUCCUAUUUCUCUGUCUCCUUGAGCUACAACAUUCAGCAAAAGCCUGAAAAGAUGCAGAUGGAAAAUUCGAGGCCUGCCCACCCUUCCCAGCCUUUAAUUUUGAACAAGGCUUCCGCUUACGGAUCAGACGGAAUAAUUCAAAGCAGAUCAAAUGGCACUUUGCUGGAGUUCACGAGAGACAUGGACCAGCUUUUUAAACCAUUUCAUAACGAGCCCAGCACUUGCGAAGAAAAAGAGGCAGCCGAGGAUUUAACCCAAAAGGUCAAACAGAAGAAGACAAAGAAGCCAGCCAAGCAAACGUUACGGGACAGCUUCCUCUUGGAUCUCGAGCGUAACGCUGGCCCGGCUCGCUACGGCUGCGGUGAAACGUUGCAGCCCGGCCGAGGGAGCCUGCAGCGCCCCGCGGAGCAGGGCCGCCCGCCUGGGAGGGCUCCGCGGGGGCCGCCUGCGGCGAGCUCCGAGCUGACGCGGGACCCUGAGCUGUCGGAGCAAGGCGACCGGCUGCGCAGCGGGACGCGGGGUCCCCCUGGCCGGAGCGCGGGAGAUUUAUCUGCGAAGCAACAAAAUCCAGAGCUGGGAAUUCAGCAAAUACCAGUAUCCUUCUAUUCCAGAUUCUGCAAUCACUGGGUUUCCUUUGUUGGUGCAAUUGUGUCUCUUGUAAUAAUGUUUGUCAUUCAGUGGAUCUACACCCUUGUUAGCCUCGGUGCGGCAAUUAUACUGUAUUUCUACAUUGGCCAAGUCAGUCCAGGACUUCCCCUUGGAGCAGCAGCUAAUUUCAGUUUCUUCAGCUGGAUUAAGUUGGUGUUGGUCACCUCGUGCAGGAGAAGGCCACCUCUGGAGGAGCACAUUGUGGUGACACCAUCCUUUGCAACAGUUGGCAUGGAGACCACGCAGCUCACGGAGGAGAACGCAGACUUUGCCACCCGCGGCCGCUAUCACCAUUCCUCCGUUAUCAGCAGAGCAGAGUUUGUGAAUCAGUUUUAGUAAAGGAAGGGGAGGUGGGGGGAGAAGAAAAUCAAGCUGUCACUUCAAAAAGCAUUUCUAAGUGCCUAACUACUGUCACAGUGCUUUGGAAAAUACUUGAAUAUGUGGAAAGGGCAUGA